AUGAUUCGGGACCAGUGUAAAGCGUACUGCCAGUGCUCCUACUGCAAGCAGACUGGGGGGCAAAUGCGAGGUAUCCCGGACAGCAUCAAGCUUGCUUCUGGGAAGGGGCGCAGCAGGGAUGAACUGUAUCUCCGCACUCUUAACCAAACUCUUCGAGCAAGAAGUCUGAUGGCAAGCUCGAAGAAUGCUUGCAAAUUUCAACCGGAUGAAAUACUGCAAAGCACACGUGGGGAUAUGGCGAGAGCGGCACUGACCGUUCCAGUACGACGCCGCGAUCGCCUACAGGAGCUUCUUAUUCUUGAGAACAAGGAGCGGAUUAAGGCUGAGCGCCAACGGCGACAAAAUCUUCGGGCGAUGGGCCUCCCAGACGACGCGGACAAGACAUCGCGGGAUUGUGCAGUUGACACCCGUGAUGACUUUGAUGUUGCAAGAGAAUUGGGCAAAACGAAUGAAGCCGAGGUGGUGGUACCACGGGCGCAUUCAGCGGAUGAAGAUCUGCGUCAUGUCCUGAACACCGUAAAAGCCAUUACGGACGAACACGACGCAAGGGAUUCGAGCAAAUCAAUAACAUCUGAUCAGAUUCAUCGGCUGCGUCGACUCGUGCAGGAGUAUGAUAACAAGAGAAAGAAUACGACUGCUGACUCUCCACUACAGCCCCACGUGGCUGAUCAUCGUCACCAGGUGUCACAGCCACAUAUUCAGCAAAAAUUUUUUCCGUCUAUCCGUGACCGCUCCACGCGUCGCCUUAAGUACAAUUCCCAUCCGUACGGCACAGGCGUGGUUUGGUUGCCGCUUGAAGAGGACAACACGGAUGAAGACGGUAAGAACGCCACAUUUACUGCUGCUGGGAGGCUUGACAACACCAGAUUGGAUGACAAGGCAUACGCAGAGCACCAGUAUCCAGGAAGCACUUACAACAAAUAUCUGAACGAUGACCCAAAAGCUGCAGAGGGAACGACGUUGAAUGAUGCUUCUCCACCAACAGCUGACAAUCUUGCGGCAUCGGCUGACCUGAAGAUUCUGGGGAAGGGGAAAAAUGCAGAGAAUGUGGAUCUCCCCGAUGCUGAGAGGAAAAAGUCGUUGAAGGAAACACCAUCCUAUAAGAGCUCCGCUGCGUUCUGGCGUACCACAAAUCAAGACCGUGCUGCCCAAAUGCAGCGCUUUUUGGAAUUCAAAAAGCUACAAGCUGAUGCAGCUCGUGUGUACGCUGAGAGUGCAGUGAGGCGUCCUGCUGAGGUUGGAACCGCAGAUGCUGUUGCUGCAGGAGAUCGAAACACUUUUUGA